GUUUGUUCGUUCUCAGAGGAAGCAGGACCCGCAAAACUGAAUACUGAGAAGCCCAGAUAGAUGCACUUGAAGAAAAACCCCAACAAUCAAUUAAAAUGAAGAGAGAGUAAACAAAUUACUAUUCAUAUUCAGUCGGGAUUGAAUCUCAAGAAGUAGAAUGGCUUUUCAGGGAUUCAGGCAGAAUACAGGUCCUAUUGGCCCUCCGAAAGCGGAAACCCCUUUUGGGAAUUUUCCACGUACUCCUUCACCUCCUCCUCCUACCUUCCCCUCAUCUCCCAGGGAAUUUGAAGCUCCGGAAAGGAUACAUCCACAACCCUUGCCUUUUGUUGGACGGCAUCCUAUAGCGGCUCCAUCUCGCGCUUUUGCUGGAGAACAGAGGCGUAGUGAGACUCUUCCUAAAUGGAGUUAUGGGCAAAAAUACAUCUACCAUGAUUAUGAUGCCCAAGCCCACCAACUAUCUCCCGAAGUAGUGCCACCUGUAGCUUCAGGGUUUUCUGAGAAUGCCCUCUCUGCCAGAGGUGCCCAAGUUCAAGAUUUUCGAAGAACUGGGCUACAUCCUUCAUUGCCUUCUGAUGCAGAGAUUUCGGGAGCCUCCAGGACAAUGAGGGGAAGUCGUUCAGAUUUGAUAUUCAGUGAUCAGGGCCACUUUGUUACCCAGCAAAAUCAAUCAUAUCCAUCAUUCCAAAAUAAGAGUCAAUUGGUUCCCCAGAGUACAAGGUCACCUCCGUUGGCUUUUCAGAACAAUGUACACGUAGAUGGCCAAAGUCCUCUUGGUGAAGCUCAGUGGCCUUCUCUGCCCCCUCAUAUGCUGGGCAAAUCAUCCCAGUCAUUCCAAAACUUUCCAAUCCGAUUACCUCAACAAAAGAUGUCCUCGAUUUCAACAAAUUAUGAUCCUGGAAGAAAGAUUGCAGUGAAGCAUACUGACCAAGUCUCAAAAAGAACAAGGUCCCCGCCUCUUUCAUCUCCUAAUGGCGCUUCUUUUGAAAACUCAGCUUUUGGUCUACGUGAAUCCAAAAGGCCUUCCACCUCUCCUUCCAAAAUGAGGUCAGACGGUCUCCCUCACUCUCUAGCUCCUCAAAAGUCUUCACUGGCUGGAAAUGGUGUCAAUAUUGAAGUUGAUCUGAGUAAGCCAAUGAACUUUCCAGUUUCCAAAAGAACCAAGUUUCCUUCCGUACCUUCAUCUGGUCAAGUUCAUCAAGGUGACUCCAAUCAUGUAGAUGAUGAUAUUCAACGAGAAACUGAGGCCAAGGCAAAGCGCUUAGCUCGUUUCAAGGAUGACCUAAGCCACAAUGUGCGAGAUGAUUCUAGUAUUCAUCAGAAGGGUCCCUCGAAGAGACAAUAUCAAUCUGUUAUGGACGAACAAAAAUUUGCUGCAGAAGUUAGUGUAGAUUCAACUGAUGAUUUCUCAAAUGGCAAUCUGUUAUCUGAUUAUCAUUGCUCAGAUUCUUCGGGUGUCAUAAUUGGGUCAUGUCCUGAUAUGUGUCCAGAAUCAGAAAGAGCAGAACGAGAAAGGAAAGGUGAUCUUGACCAAUAUGAACGCUUGGACGGAGACAGAAAGCAAACGAGUAAAUUGCUUGCUGUCAAGAAGUACACCAGGACAGCUGAGAGGGAAGCUGUGCUCAUACGUCCAAUGCCAAUCCUACAGAAGACUAUGAAUUAUCUUUUGAAUUUGCUGGAUCAGCCUUAUGAUAACAGCUUCCUUGGCUUGUAUAACUUCUUAUGGGACAGGAUGCGGGCGAUCCGUAUGGAUUUGAGGAUGCAACAUAUUUUCAACCAUGAAGCUAUGAAUAUGCUGGAGCAAAUGAUAAGGCUUCAUAUAAUCGCCAUGCAUGAAUUAUGUGAAUACACGAGAGGAGAGGGUUUUUCUGAGGGAUUUGAUGCACAUCUCAAUAUUGAACAGAUGAACAAAACAUCAGUUGAAUUAUUUCAAUUGUAUGAUGACCACCAGAAGAGAGGAAUAAAUGUGGCAAGUGAGAAAGAAUUUAGAGGUUAUUAUGCACUUUUAAAGCUUGAUAAACAUCCAGGAUAUAAAGUUGAACCUGCAGAGCUUUCGCUUGAUUUAGCAAAGAUGACACCAGAUAUGCGUCAAACCCCAGAAGUUCUCUUUGCUCGUGACGUGGCAAGGGCCUGCAGGACAUGCAACUUUGUUGCUUUCUUUCGGCUUGCAAGGAGAGCUAGCUAUCUUCAAGCUUGCUUAAUGCAUGCUCAUUUCUCAAAGUUACGAACCCAGGCUCUAGCUUCGUUACACUCUGGCCUGCAGAAUAGCCAAGGAAUCCCUGUUGCCCAAGUUGCCAAAUGGCUUGGGAUGGAGGAAGAGGACAUGGAAGGCCUUCUUGAGUAUUAUGGAUUCUCAAUAAAGGAGUUUGAAGAACCAUAUAUGGUGAAGGAAGGUCCAUUUGUGGAAGUUGACAAUGACUAUCCUGUCAAGUGCUCAAAACUUGUCAAUGAGAAAAAAUCAAGGACGAUAUUCGAGGAUGUUUCGGCUCCACAUGUUGAAUCAGUGUGGGAAAAAGAGAGAGAACCCCUGUUAGAUAAGGAUCAUCAUAAAAAACCUACAGCUAUUCAAUUUCUCGAGCCUUAUAGUUCUUCACUGGCCAUCGAGGAGGACAUACCUGAUUAUGAAGCUGUUUCAUCUCCAAAAGAUGAGACAAAGACAAUUCCCAUUACUAGAAGAGAAUCUCAUCAGAAGAAUGAAAGUUCACAGGCUCCUCCUAAUUAUUCGGUGUCAAGUCUGCCGGCUCCUCCUAGUCCUUUGAUAUUCUUUCCUCAUAUUUCCCCUGAGACUCAGCAGCAAGCUAUAGUCGGGAGAGCAGGAACACCUGAAGUGCAGCUGCAAGCUAGAGUUGGGAGUUCAGGGAAACCCAAAAGUAGCGAAGUUGCACAAUUUGCUGCAAAAGGCAUGACCGUUCAAUUUGCACUUGCCAGAGAUGAGCAGGAGAAGUUGCCAGUUUUUCCAACUCAUUCUCUUGUUGGAGACACAGAAUUGCACCACGUGUCAGAUGAAGAGAAUGUAGAUGAAGAACUGGUGGUCACCAGCGAGCAAGCUGAAACUAAUGAAGCAGCAGCUAGUUAUUAUGACAAAGAAGUUGCUGAGGCAAAACUUAAACUGAUUGUCAGGAUAUGGAAGCGGCGUUCUUCAAAGAAAAGGGAGAUGCGGGAGCAUAAACAGUUAGCAUCUAAAGCUGCUCUGAGAUCGCUCUCUCUUGGAGUGCCAAUGUGGCCCAAUAGAAUUCAACAUAGCACAUCCGUCGAGUUCGACAUUGAUUGUGCUGUCUCAAAAUGGUACCAAACUCAGGAAAGAUCAUGGUCAAGGCUGAAUGUUUCAGAUGUAUUUUCCACCACACUCCAUGAACAAAAUCCAGCUGCCAAAUGCCUUUGCUGGAAAGUAAUUAUAUGUUGUCAGGAUAGUAUAAACAAUCGAAACCGAGAAAAUGGUCUGGAGAAGUUGAAUGCUAAAUCAUGGUUGCUUUCCAAGCUCAUGCCUGCCAGAGACCAUGAAGAUGAUUUGCUGAUCACAUCUCCGGGCCUCUCUGUUUGGAGAAAUUGGCUUCUUGACCAAUCAGUCGAGGAUCUAAUUUGUUGUUUAUCAGUUAUCAAGUAUGCUAAUUUUGAGAAUCUGAAUGAGACAGUAGCAGGUGCAAGCGCUGUUCUCUUCCUGUUGUCAGAAGGCAUCCCGUGGGAUCUUCAGAAAAAUCAGCUUCAUAAGCUGUUAAUGGAAGUACCUUCUGGUUCUCAUUUGCCCCUUUUGAUCUUAAGUGACAUGUGCAAGGAAAAUGCAGAUCCUUCCACUAUAGUUAAAGAACUGGAGCUACAUGAAGUCCGUGAAUCAAGACUUCAUUCCUUUAGUGUUGUUUUCCUAAAAAACCAGCAGAUGGAACAGUUGAAUGGUUUUUUUAGUGAUGAGCAAUUAAGAGGAGGACUAAAGUGGUUAGCAAGUGAAUCACCACCACAACCAGUUCUCCAGUGUGUAAAAGCCCGAGAACUGGUUCUCUACUACUUGAACUCUUUGCUUGGGGUUCUUGGUGAAAUGGAUGCUAAUGAUGUGGAUCCAAACCACUGUAUUUCAGUCUUUAAUGAGGCCUUGGAUCAGUCAAUGAGGGAAAUCGCUUCUGCAGCUCAUGCAAAUCCUACCUGUUGGCCCUGUCCUGAAAUAGGUUUGCUGGAGGAAUCUAGGCUUGAGUACAAAGCUGUAAGCCAACACUUGCCAAGGCUGGGGUGGAGCUUAGCUCCAAGAAUUGAACCAGUUGUCUGUGCAAUAUCUGACUGCAAACUUCCAUCUUUUCCAGACGAUAUAUCUUGGUUACGUAGAGGUUCCGACGUGGAUAUCACCAUUGAAAACCAGAUAUUACAACUUCAAAAUUGUCUAAUAAAGUACUUCACAGAGAUUAGCAGAUUGAUGGAACUGCCACUUGCAACAAAAGAGGCAGUUGUUAUGCUGCAGAAGUUUGUGCAGCUUCAACUCCAGAACUUCCGCUACUACAUUGUACCAAACUGGGUUAUGAUUUUCCGACGGGCAUUCUUUUGGCAGUUGAUGAAGUUAGCCAGAGACGCAUCUUUUUCAGUGUAUACCCUGAUACAGGAUGAUUUUUCUACUUUAAUGGUUGGAGCGGUGGAACUUGAAGACUCUGGACAAUCACAUUACCAUUUGUCACAUCCAUCUCUUGAUGAAAUGGUUGAAGUUGGACGGAUGCCUCUUCCCAGAUGUGCAAUGCUUAGUGGACAGGGAAGAGCUUUCCAAUCCCGUCCAGGUAUGGCUUCAAUUAGUGAAGAAAUUCCUACAACUACUGGCGCAGGCGAGGAAAUGGAGUAUGGAAAGGAUGUUCGACGUGAUGAUGAAUUCAUAAAAACCAGUUAUAAUACAAUGACAGAUAUGGAACCACUGCUGGCCACUAAGAAAAUAAAAGAAGCUGACGUACUAAGCGAAUUACUUGAGAGGUGUAACAUUAAGCAGAACAUGAAUGAUAAAAAUUUGUCAAUAUAUUUCUAAUCAAUUACCUUUUCCUUCACCCCUUGAAAAUCUGUUGUAUGUGUAUUAUACACGCUACCAUGAAAAUCCAACUAUGUAUAUGAAGGGUGUGCCCUUUUGUAUUAUUGGAAGGGGCAUGGAUUUUGCUCACGGUUAAUUUUUAAAACGUGAAGGAGUCUUUUUAAGAGCUGAAA